AUGUCUCCAUCAGCAAGUGGUAAAUCAGAAUCAGGUCUCGCGCGGUUAAUUGGUUCUGGAACCUCCGGAAUACUUGAAUUAUUUUUAUUUCACCCUGUUGAUACAGUGGCGAAACGGUUGAUGACAAACACAAAUAAGGUUUUUGAAAAAGGUGCACCAUUGUCACAGGCUGGACAGAAUUUAAAUGCGGUCAUUUUCAAAAAAGAAGCAAAUUCCUCGCUCUUGCAAAAAUACGCUUCGUUAUUUCCAGGUUUAGGUUUCGCUGCCUGUUACAAGGUUUUGCAGCGUGUUUACAAAUACGGGGGCCAACCAUACAUCAAAGAUUACAUAAAUACGCACCAUCGCAAUGCUUUCUAUAGUACUUUCGGAGAUAAGACGGGAAAAACGAUGAUUCAUGCUACUGCUGGAAGUUUGAUUGGUAUUGGUGAGGUUGCAUUGCUACCUUUAGACGUGCUAAAAAUCAAGAGCCAGACCGCUCCAGAGACAUUAGCUGGUCGUAAUACUUUCCGAAUUUUCUAUGAUGAAGGACUCGCAUUGUAUAGAGGUGGUAUGUGGACAGCAGCUCGGAAUGCUCCAGGCAGUUUUGCUUUAUUUGGUGGAUCUGCCGCAGUUAAAGAAUACUUGUUCGGAUUGAAUGACUACAACAAAGCAACUUUCUUUCAAAACUUUUGUGCAUCAAUCGGUGGCGCGACUGCCUCUAUCACAGUUGCGCAGCCACUUGAUAUUAUCAAGACGCGAAUUCAAAAACGGCCUUUUGAUGCGCCUGAAAGCGGAAUGAAGAUCCUUAGCAAUAUGAUUAAGAAAGAAGGUGUUUCGUCCUUCGUGAAAGGACUAACUCCAAAGAUUGUGGUGGUGGGACCAAAACUUGUAUUCUCAUUUACCGUUGCACAGCAGUUGAUUCCGCUACUUGAUAACUUUUUCAUUUCCCAAGGAAUUACGAAUCCUACUCGUUUGUCACCAUGA